UAACUAGAAACAUAAGGAGAAGAAAUAUGAAUGGCUGUUUUACAAUUGUGUGUGUUCUUAUUUAUUACAGCAGAGUCUUCCAAGAUGGAAAAAAAGAUGAAAAGAGUCUUCAUCUCAGAUGAAGAAUCCGACAUUGCCUCAGUCGUAGCCACUGACUCCCCAUUGUCCGAUUCGUCUUUUGAGGAAGACACCAAGGCAAAGAAAAAACUCAAGAAGAGAUCCCCUAAGCUGGGUGGAAGCCCAAAACCAGAGAUGAGUCGCGUUCGAGUGAAAAACAUCAGAGACAUCAUCAAAAGGUAUAAGGCAGUACUCAAGAGGUACAGUGAGGGGGGAUCGAUGAAGACUGCAUUCGAAGAAGUUGGUGUAGAUCGCAACACUAUUGCCAGAACGGCAGUUGUCGCAGAGCUCUGCCUCGCAGCCCCGGAAGCUUUCAGUGCACUUGACCGGUGGAAUGACAAGAUUGAGAAGCUGUCCGCAUUUGUGGACAGAUGCCGUGCGGCUGUUACCACCGAGAUUAAAGAGCAGAUAAACAGAAUGAAAGAGGAUGGUAUCUUGUUACCUAUUGCGCAUUGAAUGUGCCAAAAAAAAAAAGCUGUCAGUUCCAGGUUUAUGUUAAUAAUCUGUUAAUUAUGUUAAUGACAUGCAUUAUGUUAUAAAUUGCAGUUUGCAUUUGGUCUCAGGUGAAAGAGCUAUGCAAGUUUUUUUUUUUUUUUUUUAAUACACAGAUUUUAUUUAUAACAUCUAUUUAAUUGGCUGGCUCUAACAUUACAUGCACAAAUGUGGAUUUGAAUGGUAAGGUACAUCGGCUGAUAACCGUUCAGAGUAAUAUUGUGGAUCUACCUACCUUUUGGAGCUGUAUUUCUUUAAAAAAAGAUGUACUAUAUGAUUUUGGUUUGAUAAGAGACCGUUUUUGUACUGACCUAUAUUCACAGAUUACAAAAUAAAGAGUUGCUUUAAA